AUGAAUGACAAGAUUCACGGUCAUGUAGGAGACCAAAUUAUUCUUUCAACACCCAAAACCAGUGCCAGACCAACACUUUUAAUAUGGAAAAAGAAAUCUACGUUUAUUGCAGACAUUACAAACAAUAAUAUUUUUAUGUCAAAAAACCAACCAGAACCAAACAAAUACAACUUAUUUCUUAAUGGAAGUCUGAAAAUAAAUAGAUUGAAGAAAAUGGAUGCUGGAACUUACAUUGUAGAAGCACAUGGUGAAAAAGGCACAGCAUUAUUUCGUGAAUUAAUUACAUUGCAAGUUGAUGAGCUUCUACUAGAACUCAAUGAGUUUUGUUCCCAAAAAACAUUGACAUGUGAGGCGAAAUAUUCUGGGGAACCAAAACCCAGAUUUAAAUUGUUUCAAGAUACUAAAGAAAUUGAAUCUGUACAACCAGAAUAUUACAAUGCAACAUGGAAGGUGACAUUACAAUUAAAUGUCAGUUCCGGAAAAUUCAGAUGUGAGGUUGAUGUUCCUACUAAGAAGAAUUAUAUCGAGAAACAAAUCACAUGUCCAGUUGCAGAUGUAUUUUAUUCAGUACCUAUGCUCUUCAUAAUCCUGAUAAUCGUGGGAAGUGUAGUCAUAUUGAUCAUCUUUUUGGCUCUGAUUAUUUACUGCAUCAGAAGGAAGAAAGCAAAAAGACGCGAAAGGGAAGCUGAGGAGUAUGCCCUGCAAAUCCAGAUUCAGAAUCACAUGCAACAAAGAAAACUUCCGGAGAUUCCUGUUUCUUCUGGGUCUACUCCAACAACUCAAAAAAGCAGGUCACCUCCUUCUGAACUGCAACAACAGAUUGCUCCCUCCAAAUCAUGCCCUUAUCCAAAACCACCCCGGCGCACAAAAGAAAGACUUUAAGUAUUUUUGUGUUUCAUGCUUCCUUCUCUCAGAGGAAAUACUUUUGCUUUCCAUAUUAGCAUUGCAAUGUCUAUAAACUUAUGGUUAGCCAGCCAACUCUGAGCAGGCUUAAAGUGUGGCUGUUGGAAAAUAGAUUAGAAACAAAACUAGAAAAUCAGAAGGUUCAGAGUAAUUUAUUAUUUCCCACAAAAAGCUAUGUAGGACUUCAUGACUAGGGAGGCUGUCGCCUGUUUUAAUGAUUGUAUGAUUGCUGUUGUUUUCAAGCAAUUUAAGUAUUUUCUUGUAUGACAUUGUUCUAUAUUUAUAUUUCAUAUACUAUAUCUUUGUAGUUUUGUACUAUAUUUUUGUAAUACAUACGCAGAGAAUUGCAUUUAAAGCAAUAAAAAAAAGA